CGCACGGCCCCGCCUUGCACUACACACCAUGCACGGCUGCCGCAGCUUCACCAGUGGCCCCGGCAUCACCGGCAUGACUUCGGCCACGCCCGAGUUCUUCAAGCGCUACCCCAACAUCCGCUUUGAGUUCAAGAAGGGCAACGCGAAGGGCAGCUACGCCUACCGCAACGGUGCCCUGGAGCUGGUCGGCUGAGCCUGGCCUCGUGUGCAGUUGGAAGUGCUGUUGGCGUGGGCGUGUUCAGUGUGUCCAUGUUUGUCUGGUCGAGCCUGGUGGCUGCUGGCACGCCAGCAUGUGGGUCCGAUCCCCGCAUC